GUCAUAAUCAAAAGUUUGGUGCAACGGGGAUAGGGUGGUGCUGUUCAUGUCACUCAAGUGAGUCUUUUGGAUGAGGCCCAUUGAUUUGAUCAGAUUCCUUCGUAUACAAAGAAGUUACAACAACUGGGCUAAAAAUCUAACAAGUACAAGAAAUAUGGCUGUAAACACCCAAAUAGCCCCAAAACAGAUUACAACAUUUGUUGUAUAUGACCUUGAAACUACUGGGUUUCAAGAUAGGCCUAAAAUUACAGAAAUGUCUAUGAUAGCAGUCCAUCGCAAUGAUCUGUUGAGUGACACAAGAAUUGGAUUACCAAGAGUUCUAAAUAAACUCACCAUAUGUGUUUAUCCCAUGAAGGAAGUUUGCCCUGGAGCUGCUGAUGUCACAGGUCUUCACAAUGAUAAUCUGUAUUUCCAAAAGGAUUUUGAUGAAGAAUCUGGUCAGAUGAUUAUGUCCUUUCUCCGAAGACUGGCUCCACCUGUCUGCCUUAUCGCACAUAAUGGUAACUCCUAUGACCAUGGAAUUCUAAGAAAUGAAUUGGAUUUCUCAAAGACUGGAAUUUCUGGUGACCUUUUAUGUGCUGAUUCGUUACCUUGUUUUCGUCAGCUUGAUUCACCCCCUAAAUUAAAUGGUCAAAUUUCCACACCAGAUGGGGCUUGUGCUGUAGAUACUCCACCUAUAAAAGGUAUUGUGGAUCAAUCCCAGAAUGAAACAGGGCCAACAAAUGGGCUACAAAGAAGUAACAGUGUUAAGCGAGAGUUGUUUGGGGUUUCUGCCACAGCUUCUAGUAUGGAUGAAAUGAAUGAUUUCGAUUGGUCAGUAGAUGUAACUGAUGAGGAACUAAUGACUAUUAAUUUACGAGACAUGUGCAAUAGCAAUAACAACAAUGAAAAUAAAAAACAUGAAAAUGACGGCCAAUUACUUUCUCAAAGCCAAACGGCAAUGAAAUUAGAAAAGGUUCCCACAUAUCCUGGGACUCCAAAACGACCAAUUACAACUCCUAACAACAGCCAGGAAACUCCUGUUAAAAAGACGAAAAAGUUGUCGUAUAAACUUGGUGAAAUAUACAAAAGAGAGCUUAAGAAACCAUUGCUAAACGCUCAUUGCGCUGAGGAUGACUGCAUCAUGUUGUUGGAGAUUAUGCGCAAAAGAGCACCAUCUGUGUGCGAAUGGAUGGACAAUCAUGCUGUUCCAUUCAUCAACAUUCAACCACGGUAUAAAGUAAGGUACCAAAGGAGCCCAUUGCCCACCGGUCAGUUCCCAUUCCAAGGCAGUUCAAGUCAAAAUUAACUUUUAACUUUUGUCUCAAGUUGGUGUAAUGAUAGCAUGACUAUUUUUUUAAAAAGAGUGGUCCUCUUAAUUAUAACUUACUCUGAGGUUUCAUCGAAGAUUUCCAGCAUUACUGAAACAUUGACAUUAUCAUCUGGAGAAUUCCAACUUAUUUUCUAAACUUCAGACACUUGUUUUAAUAAGUAGUGUCUUGUAGUUACAUAAUUAUCAUGAUUAAGACAUAUUUUUGGAUAACAUUGAACUGACUCUGCAAACUGCUGAGCUAAAAAAAACUAGUCUUAUAGAGAAUUAGUUAUAUAUAUAUAGUAGUAAUCUAGCAACCUAAGGUAAAAGUGAGACCCUAUUUUCCACAGGGUUGGAAAGGGGAAAGUGUCAGAAAUGUAACUAUUACUACAAUGGACUUCUAUCACUGGUUGAGCUAGUACUUCAUAAAGACAAGGGGAUCAUUUGAUUUUUGUUUAAUCUCCAAAUUUCAAAGUAGAAACAUUUCUGAAACGUUGUGUUCAAACUUCAAAUCAUGAUUUAAUAAAUUUACCCCUUUUUAACAAAAUGAUUCAUUUAUCAUCGUAGCCACUGUGGAAAUCUGAUAAUCAGAUUCAUGAAACUGACACUUCCACCUUUCCAAUGGUGUAUUGGAGACUUUUGGGCAAGUUGUCACACAAUGUGUCAGCACUUAAACCUUCAUGGACAGUAGUUGAGUCUCUAGCUUGCUGAAGUAUUUUUACAUUAUAGAGUAUUUUUCAUAAACAUGGAACAUGUUAGAGUAUGAACUGGAACUUUUUUCUAAAAUAUGAUAAAUAUUCUAACAUUAUACAGUAGUAUGCAAAUAUGCAUUUAAUUUUACUUAUAUGUUACUGGUAUACACUGCAAAAUUAUUAUGUACAUGUAGGCUUAUGUAUUUUACAUUUUAGACUAUGUUUGUCAUUUUAUGGAUAUACAUGUAUACUAUUCGAAUGUAUAUUUUUACAAGUUCAUUUUCCUUUUAGUAUAUACUUAUACACCAUCAAAUGUAUGUGUCUACAAGGUUAAAAAACACUAAAAUGUCAUUUUAUUGUAAUGGGCACAGGCCUUUAAUAGUCAUAACAUAGUCCCCAGACAAUGAGAACCAGCACUUUUCUAUUGU